ACGCUGCGGGUGGCGUUCAGACCUUCGCGACAGGUGGAGUACCGGGUUGGAAGCCGCUGUGUCCGGCCUACGUUGAACCGGCUCGCGCUCUCACUUCGUCGUUAAACCGGGAUAAAAGUCGACCGGACUUCCGUCUGCGUGUCGCUGGAGGCUGCACGGCUCCAAGAGGAAUAUCACGCUUCAGCAGAGCUGACCUCCAAAGAAGGUAUUGGUCGAUUAAGAACCCAAUACGAUCAACAGUUAAUCACUUUAAAUGUUUAAAUGUUGGGUUUACUGGAAAUAAAUCACACAGCAUAAAAACAACUAUAUAUUAAAUAUAGUAAAUAAAUAUUAUUCGACUUCAGACCAAAACGGCCGAUUAAGACUGAAGAGGAGGCAGAACUACCCAAUAGGCUGCCUGAACACCGCUGGAUGGGAGGCUUUAACUGACAGUGUUAUGCCCUAAACCAGUGCCCUAAACCAGCGCCCUAAACCAGUGUCCUAAAGCAGUGCCCUAAACCAGCGCCCUAAACCAGCGCCCUAAACCAGCGUCCUAAAGCAGCGCCCUAAAGCAGUGCCCUAAACCAGCGCCCUAAACCAGCGUCCUAAAGCAGUGCCCUAAACCAGCGCCCUAAACCAGCGCCCUAAACCAGCACCCUAAACCAGCGUCCUAAAGCAGCGCCCUAAACCAGCGCCCUAAAGCAGCGCCCUAAAGCAGUGCCCUAAACCAGCGCCCUAAAGCAGCGCCCUAAAGCAGUGCCCUAAACCAGCACCCUAAACCAGCGCCCUAAAGCAGCGCCCUAAAGCAGUGCCCUAAACCAGCGCCCUAAACAAGCGUCCUAAAGCAGCGCCCUAAACCAGCGUCCUAAACCAGCGCCCUAAACCAGCGUCCUAAAGCAGUGCCCUAAACCAGCGUCCUAAAGCAGCGCCCUAAACCAGUGCCCUAAACCAGCGCCCUAAACCAGCGCCCUAAACCAGCGUCCUAAAGCAGUGCCCUAAACCAGCGCCCUAAACCAGCGCCCUAAAGCAGCGUCCUAAACCAGCGCCCUAAACCAGCGCCCUAAAGCAGCGCCCUAAACCAGCGCCCUAAAGCAGCGCCCUAAAGCAGUGCCCUAAACCAGCGCCCUAAACAAGCGUCCUAAAGCAGCGCCCUAAACCAGCGUCCUAAACCAGCGCCCUAAACCAGCGUCCUAAAGCAGUGCCCUAAACCAGCGUCCUAAAGCAGCGCCCUAAACCAGUGCCCUAAACCAGCGCCCUAAACCAGCGCCCUAAACCAGCGUCCUAAAGCAGUGCCCUAAACCAGCGCCCUAAACCAGCGCCCUAAAGCAGCGUCCUAAACCAGCGCCCUAAACCAGCGUCCUAAAGCAGCGCCCUAAACCAGCACCCUAAACCAGCGCCCUAAACCAGCGUCCUAAAGCAGUGCCCUAAACCAGCGCCCUAAAGCAGCGCCCUAAACCAGCGCCCUAAACCAGCACCCCAUCGUGAGGGUUCGGCCUGGGACAGAUGCAGGAGGCCGGUGAGGCCUGCAGCCGGGACGAUGACAUGGCGGACGAUGACAUGGCGGACGAUGACAUGGUGGACGGGGACCUGGGUGACGGGAUGGAGGUCAGAGCGGCACCGAGCUCCCCGAGGAACAAGAGCCAGAGCUGUGCCGGCCUCCUGGAGCUGCUGUCCAGAACGAAGCCAAUCGAACGGGCGGCCUGGAUCCCCGGACUGAAGAGCACAGGAGCCCAGCAGCAGAGGCCCUGCUGGAAGCCGCCAUGCUACAGCUCACUGGGGGACCUGUCCAAAGACGAGCUGAAAGACCGACUACAGGAAGCAAGUGAGGUGAUAGACGUGUUAUACUGUGAGCUAGAGGUGGCACAGCGUUACGUUGAAGGCAAAUAUGAAGCUCUGAAGAUCUUGCAGGGGAAGGCCAUUCUUGACAAAGCCACGAGUCACACUAAAAGUCUGCUGCAGAAGACGGAGGCGGAAGCCACGGCUCUGGAGAAGGAGGUGAACAGACUGCAGUGGGAACUCAGCUUCAACCAGGUCCAGAUGAAGAAGUCUCAGCAAUCCUGGGAAGAGAAACACAACGGAAUGUUGAGUGAGAACAAGACUCUGACCACCAACCUAGAGGAAAGAGAGAGCGAGAUCCAGCAGCUCCGGGCCAAGAAUUCCGCUUGUAGUCGGCAGUGCUCAGAGCUUCUCUCCAUGCUGAGUGUGAAGGAGCGGAGAGUUUACCAAGGAAUCAAGUCUCAAUACAGCCCAGAGAGAGACGCCGGUGUGCUGGAGCUGGCGGCUUUGGGGGCCUGUCGGUGUCUCGGUGUGGCUGAAGCUUGUCCGUGCAGCCGGACCGCUGCCGCCAGCAGGAAGCAGCUCGUCCAGCUGCAACAGGAGCUGGAUGCUCAGUGUUUGAGGAGGGAGGAGGCGUCGAUGGUUGCGGAUGCUUUCCGCAUUGCCUUCGAACAGCAGCUGAGUAAACGAAGUGAGCACUUCCUGCUGCUGGCCGACAGCAACAUCCUGAAAGCCCAUCACUGCAAGGCUGAAGGUGCCAACAGGAGUUCUUUGAUCAGUGUGAGCCAGAGGCUGAGAGGGCUGCUGUCCUCCAAGAUGCCCGAUGAUCUCCCAGAGACUCUCUCCAGACUGCUGGACUUGCUGAACGACAAGGACGAGGCGCUGGCCCACCAGAGGAAGGUGAGCAUCAUGUUAGCCCACAGCGCAGAGGAGCUGCAGAGACGCUUGAGUCUAGGUUCACACUGCGGGCCACCGGACCCAUCGGAGGACCGGAGCCGGUCUCGGCAAACCUCCGACGUACAGGAGUCCGAGACGCAACCACAAGUCCCGCCAGAGGCCAACGUCCAAGCCCGGCAUCGGCUGGAGCUGCUUAAGUCCAGGACUGAACCGCGGGAGCCGUCGGCCACGUCGCAGUCCGUAACCCUGCCACCGCCCAACCACAAGAGCCACGGGUCUGAAAUCCAACAAUCAGACCAUCCAGAGUCCUGAUCCACCUGCAGGAUCUACCUGGUUUCCAUGGCUCGCUGCCGUCACCGUUUGGUUCUAAAGAACCGGGGCAGACGUGGACAUCCGUGAUGUCACACAGGUGCUGUACCUGAAGGAACGCUAUGAAGAGCACGCGACUCGCCGCUGCAGCAACACCCAAAUCCUCAGAGAGGAAGGGUAUAUUCUUUUUAUUUUUACUGACUACUAGAUUUAUAUCUGGUAAAACACAACAUUAAGAUAUAAAAUGUUCAUUAUCAAUUUCCCAAGCAUUGUUGAACUGUUAUUGAUAAGAAGAAAUGAAGGCCGGUUUCUGUCCAGUGGUUUGGGUUUGGGUCAGGAGCAGGAAGGGUCCUGGUCUCCGUUAAGGAGCGACUUGCUUCCUGCAAAACGCUCGACCAGAACAGGAAGACGUACGGAGAGUGAGAAAAGAAUCAUAACUCUGGUCUAAGGUUUCUCUUCUGUGUUUAUGACUUCAGAACUAGUGGAAACCAUUUUUGCCAGGAUAGUGUUUUGUAUAAAAUAUUGUGGCAGGUGUUUUGUUGUUGUUGUUGUUGUUGUUGUUGUUGUUGUUGUUGUUGUCAGAGUAGUUAUUAUUCCAGGUUAGAUUUUUUAUUUUUGUUGCUGAUACUGUACUGGAACCAUAAAUCUUUCAGAAGAUAUCUGUUCUUGUAUCUUUUUCUUUCUUUGUAUCUUUGGAUAUAGAACAUGUUGGUGGUGUUAAUUAUUCCCUUAGUUUAUGUAGUGAAUUUACACAAAGGGACCAGGGACCCCGAACAGAGGAGAACGCUUUCCAAGAACACUGAUGAAGCACAUACUUAAUACCUUUGUUCUCUUAAUGGCAUAUUAACUAUAGACGAUAAACAGAAACACAUUUCAAUGUGAAUCAUGACAUCACCACUGUAAGAGCCCAAUUCAAUUUGCAGUAAAAUAUUUAUUUGCAUUUA